AAGACCGAAGUUUCAGGAACAAGGUGAAACGGUUGUCAGUUGAUGUAGUUUAACGUGACAUACCAAAUGGCUCCGACAAAAGUGAUUCUCUUAUCUUGCGGAAGCUAUAAUCCACCGACGAUUAUGCACCUGCGAAUGUUCGAAAUUGCUCGCGAUUACCUUCAUAAAAUGGGAUCACACGUUGUAAUUGGUGGAGUUAUAUCGCCAGUGCACGAUGCUUACGGUAAAAAGGAUUUGACUAGUGCGGCUCACAGAUGUGCGAUGCUCAGGUUGGCGUUACAGAACAAUGAUUGGAUCCGGUUGAGCGAUUGGGAGACUAAAAGAGAUGGAUGGACGACGACUAAGACGACUAUCCAACAUCAUCAGAAUGUUCUAAAUUCUUGGAUCUUCGAUACCAACGACGUCAAACAUCACUCAGAAAUUGAAGACAUGGACUGGAUACCGGAGAAAAUAAAAAACGGCACACUCUCAGAUCAAAGUCCUAUCCAAGUUAAAUUGCUCUGUGGCGCCGACCUUCUCGAAAGUUUUGGAACGCCGGGAUUAUGGGCAGACGAAGAUAUCGAUGCGAUAGUUGGACAACAUGGCCUGGUUGUCGUCACCAGAGAAGGUUCAAAUCCGAAUCAGUUUAUUUAUGAUUCAGAUCUUCUUUCCAAAUAUAUGCACAAUAUCCUGAUUGUCACCGAAUGGAUCACGAAUGAGAUAAGCUCAACAAAAAUUCGGAGAGCGUUGAAACGCGGGGAAAGUGUCAAGUAUCUUCUGCAAGACUCAGUACUCGAUUACAUCUACAAACAUGAAAUUCACAACGCCAGGCGAACCUCAACAAUUAAGUUGGAACUGUCUUCGAAUAAUACCGGUAACAAUUAUUUGAACAUAGAUUCGAAGUACGAAACUGCAUUCUUAACACCUUCGCCAAGCGACAUUACAAUGGAGACGCCAAGCCCCGUGGAAAUAAUAUCGAUCGAUAUACCAGACUCAAUUAUGAAAAAGAAUCUAUUAAAUUCUACAAGCUUCACAAAUGGCACGAAAUUGCACACGAUAGGUAAAGUUGAUAAUAACGAUCAUUUGGUACGCGAUAAAUUCAUCGGGGUGAUGUCCGAGAAUGGAAACAAACUAUUGCACACUAUGAAAAGCGCAUAUCCUGGACAAGCCAAGCAGAUCAUUGCCACAGAAACCGGGGAGUCUCAUAUUCUUGAAGAGGUAGGUUCCAACUACGAUCAAAGUAAGCAAGAUCCGAUCAUCUACAAAAGCGGCAUUGAUAGGACUUCCAAUCCCGUAGAUAAUGAUUCAUGCUUCCCAGUCGAAAAAGACUUACCAUUAGUAGAAUCUGAGAAUAUCAUUUUAGAGGUUGUAUCACUCGACACAAAUCCAAACCUGAAUAACCCGAUUGCUGAGUCCGCCGACGAGAAACCUGACAUAGAUUGUACAGACUUUUGUCAAACUGUGAAUGAAAAUGUUGCAUCCGCAAAUGACACAACUAAAUUGAUGAAGCCGGACGGUGCGUUAGAGGCAGAAUGUCCUACGCCGACAACGCAGGCCAAAAGCCUACCCGAAGAUGUUUGCAAAGAUGAAAAAAUCCACUGCCCAGAAUCUAAUGAGACCCAGUGCAAGGAGAACUGCGAAAAUUGCACCGUAAUGAAAGACGCCUUGGAGAUCGAUGGAAAGUAUCUCAAGUCCCUGGUCAAUUCUCGAAAGAGUCCAAAGAAAUGUAAAGACCAGUUCGACAAAUUGACGGACAAAGAGGAGGAGCUGCCGACGGUGGAACACGAUCCUGAGAUUUCUUCUAAACCGGAACUAGAAACUAAUAAUGAGCCCUCUACCCCUACAAAAGAAGAGUGCUCCGCCAGCAAGAUCUUGGAGGAUGGUUACACGCAAUGCGACAAGAUUGACAGCGUCAAUUCAGAAUCACAAACCGAGCUGAAUCUGCUCAUCGGGGACAGUAAAAAAACCCUCCGGAGAUCGAGGGGCAAGAUAUUAGGCUCACCCGUCAGAGUAUUGGGGCAAAACAAACUCUUCAUCAUCCAGGGCAGUCUAGAUUCCGUCAAGUUUAACGUCCCGUCUGAGAAGUCGACGAGGCUAGAUGCGGUUUCAAAGAAAUCUAAAAGCUACGAAUCAAUAAAGUACGACAGUUCAAAGUCCAUAUCGUACAAGAGUUUUGAAAUUUCUUACAGCGACACUCUGAAGCCAAAAUCUGACAGUACGUCGCAAUUGCUUACCGCAGAGUCGGAACAUUUUUGUACGGAGUGCUGUUACGAGGGCGAUGCUUUUGCACCGGACGCAAACAGUUUGAACCAGGAGACGUUUUACACCGGUAGAUCAAACAGGAGUACGCCGGUGGAGGAGGAUUCCACAGAGUGUGAUAUUUGCAGCGCUUGCAAUCUGGACUCCACCGAGGUCCUGGAUCCUAAGUCCUUGGGGAUGGUAACUGACAAAUGUGAUCUGUGCGAAAUUUGCAAUGACAUAAAUGCGGACUUUGAAGGUGACCUGGUGAUGCCGUACGCCGAACCUGUUGACAACUCCGAGUUUGCUUCGAUCCGAGAAAACGAAAUCGAGGUUAUCUCUGGCGACGCCAUCGACAACGAUCGAUUCGAGAUCGAAAACUGCGGGCUUGAAUUGGAGGAGACCGACGUCAGAGAUUCGCAGCGAUAUCCUGAGGCCCUCGAAAGAGGGGGGGACAAUUUUGACUCAGAAUUGAACCAGCAGGUCGAUAACGACGAGUUCGAAAUCGAGAACUGCGGGCUGGAUAACAACGUCCGUACAAUAUCCAGGGAACCUUCGGACCUGACCUUGUCGAUGCUAGAGGAUGGUCUGCUGAACACCGCCAGAGAUGAUUUCUGGAAAAACGACGGUAAAAGCGAAGGAUUUCGCGGUAAAAUGAGCGUUAUUUACUCUUCGAACGAGAAUGUGAAAUUGGGAAAAUUUUCUCUGCCGAAGCACAGUCUUCCGAUCGGUCCAAAGAGCGCGAAAAAGAUCAGCCGAAAAGGGUCCUUCAUAAUGAACGACUCCGGUAAAAUAUUCCAGGAUAAACGUCGUUAUUCUUCGGUUGACAAUUUGCAGCAUUCCAGGCAAAUAUUAAAACUAUCGGACAGGGUGUUUCAGAAGGCUAAGGGCAGCAAACUCAUCGCAUCGGCGGACAACAUACAAUCGAAUAACGCUAGAUCAGCGAAGUUGAAAAAGCUUCAAAAAUCGGCAAACGACAUAGACUCGUUGGCGGAAAACUUUGAUUCGUCGGCGGAGAAUUUCACGUUUUCGGAAAACGAUUUAGUCCCUGGUAACGAAGAUUCAACGAACAGCAGACGAGCUGCCAAGAUCAAAAUAAGAGACAGUGACAUGGUCAAGAUGAUCCUCACUAAGCACGGAAUCAAAAUAAUAAGCGAAAAGGAAACCGCCCUAUGAUUGAUUUCAGGCGGGGGUUAGCUUUCUCGUGAAAAUAUAAACGACUGGGAAUUUGUUAAUCAAUCGACCUUAAUUAUACAAUUCAAUGAUACGAUCCUCGAUGUCAAUAGUAGAAAUUCAUUAACAUGUAGUUCGAGCACAAGGAUCCCGUUUCUUCGGGGUUUUCAACCGCAAAAAAAUCAAAUCCCUUGACGUGACGCAUCGGUGUUCGCGCCCCGCAUCCAGGGGAUCCUGUAACGAAUGUGCCAAAAGAAAAAAUAUCAAAAUGCAAACAAAAAAAAAAAACAAAAAAAACGUUCCUGCUCUACGUAUAGUACUCUGCACCGCAGAGUCGUGAUAAUUGACUUCUUCUUCCUGAGUUUUUUUUUAAACAAAUGUUUGUUCGUUUGAAUAAUGAUAUACAAAAUGGCGGAUUCAAACGUCGUCUCGUUGUGUUCGAUUAAUGGGAUCUGCAUUGCGAGAUUUCAAUCGUAUCGAACCGGGCGAUUAAUCUCAAAAUCCAAAUCUGGUUAAUUUCGUGAAUAAGCAAGAAAAAAAAUAAAUAACAAAAAAAAACAAAAAUACAAAUACACAAAUUUCGGCGAAUAAGCUGGGGGUUCAGUCCUGUGGUUAAAAGACAAUCUUUACAUAAAAGUAUUAAAGUUCGUUAAAUAGGUAUAUUAUGUAUAAAUUCACUCACGGCGAGUUAUAUCCUCUUUAAUAAAUUAAAAGUAUAAGAAAAAAUUUUAAGAAUUCAAAUUCGACUUCCAAAACAUUCUGAGAUAAAAUCUAAAUCAAAAUCGUGCAGGAUAUAGCAUUUCGAACAUACAUGUAUACUAUACAUAUACAAGCUUCCAAAAAUUUUCAAAAAUAAUUAAAACCAUCUAUCAGUAGAUACAUAAUACAUUAUACAUAUGUACAACCGUAAUUGGUCGAUCGCGCGAAGCGACCAAAAAGAAAAAAAAGAAGAAAAUCCGAAAAAAAUGAAACAAAAAAAAAAUAAUAUUUAUCGAUAACCAGAGCGUUAUUAUACUGUACACGAUUUAAUUUCCAUUCAUUAUAUUUCCAAUUUGUUUAAUUUACCAAUUUAUUUAUAAUUUUUUGUUUAUCUCCUUCCGUGUUAUACAUUAAAUACAUACAAUCUUAUAUGUAUACAGUGCAUGGUAUGCAAUUUUUUUGUGAAUCGCUUAGUAAUAAUAUUUUUUUAGAAAUCUUCGGAAUUUUCAUACUAUGUAUACGUUAUAUAUAUAUAUAUAGAAAAAAAAUAAAAUUUAAGAAAUGCUUUACUAGAUGCUGACCCAUUGGGAAAUUCUCUGAAUUUGAAAAAUUCGUCGCCAAAUUCGUAAAUUAUGCGCAGUUCUUCCUUAAUAACAUUAUACAGAUCUUGAUCCACAAGUAUAUAAUAUUAUGUAUAUAUAUGAAAAAAAAAAACGCUUUUUUGCUGCAACCACGAGCGACCUUAUAAUUCUAUUUCCCCUCAAGAUGCUCAAAACGAAAAAAAAAGAAAGAAAAAAAAAACAACACGAAUAGCUAAAUACUUAUUCUUUUUUCAAUAAUUUGAAUAGCUGCCAAAAAAAAAAAAAAAACAAAUCGAAUCAAAUCGUGAUAAAAUUUCAUCGCGUGGUUGCGAAUUAAAUUUAAUAUAGUAUACCUAACCUAACCUGACGCUUAAUAGAUACUUAUAUAUACCUAUACAUACGUAUACAUACAUAUACAUAUAAUGCUUCUUAGUUGCUAUUUUGACAGAAGUUCGGAUAGAUUUGAACAAUUAUUAUUAUUAUUAUCAUCAUCGUUAUAAUCAGUAAUUAUCAUCGACACCCGUUAUACCGCAAUUGCUUUAAUUCCAUCCCUCGAUAUUGAGUGUUGUUUGUUUGUCGAUUUAACAACAAAAAAAGAAAACCGUAUAUAAUAAUAAUAACCAUAACAAUAAGAUAACAACAAAUAUUAUGCAUAUACGUAUAUACAUCGUUAUUUUAUACUUACACAACUUCUUCGAUGCGUAAUGAUGAUUUUUUUCUAUUUACUAAUAAUGCGAUAAUCGAUCAAUCGGUAUGACAAACUGUUAUUUCAAAUCUUUGAUUUGAAUUGGAUCGAAAUUGGAUAUGUAAAAUUUUACGGAGGCAAAGUUGUGUAGGAAAGAAAGAAAAAAAAAGAAAGAAAGAAUGGUGUAGCUGCGUGUAUGUUAUACGUAUGUGUGUAUAGAAAAUGGACGAAUAAUAUUCGUGGGUCGUACAUAAAAUCUGUAGCGAUAUUGUGUGCGAAAUAUGUAAUAUUGGAAAGGAUAAGUUAUUUGUGUGUAGUCUGAUGGAUCUGACGGGGCAUGUUAAAUGUGUUUUCCAGGGAACGGCAAAACCUGCAUGCCUUCUGUAAGACAACUAGUUGACCAUCUUGUCGCUGCUCGCUCCAUCCCCAUCCGAUGCGGCCCUUGUCUUACCAUUAAUGUUACUAACAAAACCAACAACAUUAACAACAACAACAACAACAACAAUAAUAA